UCACCUUGCCGGCGCCGCGCUCAGACCGUGAAGGUGCGGGGGUGCUCGGUGAUUGGCGGCGGACCGGCGCUUCCCGGUUGCCAUUGGCUGCCCGCGUUUCUUUGUUCCCGGUUCUAGCCGCAAGGCGGCUGCGGCGAACUAAUUGGGCAGCGGAAGUUCGAAGGCUGAGCGCCGAGGCAGUGGCCCCUGAGUCCGAGCAAAGGAGCUGGAGGCCCGGCGAGCUUGGCGUGGCUGCCCAAGAAGGAAGGAGGAGAGAAUCCUUCUAGAACACCGGCAUGGAUCUGGAAGCCAAAGUUAAAAAGAUGGGCUUAGGUCAUGAGCAAGGAUUUGGAGCCCCCUGUUUAAAAUGCAAAGAAAACUGUGAAGGAUUUGAACUGCACUUCUGGAGAAAAAUAUGUCGUAACUGCAAGUGUGGCCAAGAAGAGCAUGAUGUCCUCCUGAGCAAUGAAGAGGACCGAAAAGUGGGGAAACUUUUUGAAGACACCAAGUAUACCACCCUAAUUGCAAAGCUGAAGUCAGAUGGAAUUCCCAUGUACAAACGCAACGUUAUGAUACUGACCAAUCCGGUUGCUGCCAAGAAGAAUGUCUCUAUCAACACCGUCACCUAUGAGUGGGCGCCUCCUGUCCAGAACCAGGCACUGGCCAGGCAGUACAUGCAGAUGCUGCCCAAGGAGAAGCAGCCAGUGGCAGGGUCAGAGGGGGCGCAGUACCGGAAGAAGCAGCUGGCUAAGCAGCUCCCAGCACAUGACCAGGACCCUUCCAAGUGCCAUGAGUUGUCUCCCAAAGAGGUGAAGGAGAUGGAGCAGUUUGUAAAGAAAUACAAGAAUGAGGCUCUGGGGGUCGGAGAUGUCAAACUUCCCUGUGAGAUGGACACUCAAGACCCCGACAAAGUGUACCUCCCUGGCGGGGACAGAACCACCACACCAGCAGCAGGGGCCAUGGAGGACAAAUCUGCGGAGCACAAAAAAUCCGAAUACUCCUGCUAUUGCUGCAAAUUGAGCAUGAAAGAAGGGGACCCAGCCAUCUACGCAGAAAGGGCUGGCUACAAUAAACUCUGGCACCCAGCAUGUUUCGUCUGCAGCUCCUGUGGUGAACUCCUGGUUGACAUGAUUUAUUUCUGGAAGAAUGGGAAGCUGUACUGUGGCAGGCAUUACUGUGAUAGUGAGAAACCCCGAUGUGCUGGCUGUGAUGAGCUGAUAUUUAGCAAUGAGUACACCCAGGCAGAAAACCAGAAUUGGCAUCUGAAACAUUUCUGCUGCUUUGACUGUGACAACAUCCUCGCCGGGGCAAUAUAUGUGAUGGUCAAUGACAAGCCUGUGUGUAAGCCCUGCUAUGUGAAGAAUCAUGCUGUGGUGUGUCAAGGAUGCCACAAUGCCAUCGACCCGGAAGUGCAGCGGGUGACCUAUAACAACUUUAGCUGGCACGCAUCCACAGAGUGCUUCCUGUGCUCCUGCUGCAGCAAGUGUCUCAUCGGGCAGAAGUUCAUGCCAGUAGAAGGGAUGGUUUUCUGUUCCGUGGAGUGUAAGAAGAUGAUGUCUUAGGAGAGACACCAAGCAAUUUUGACACCAUGCUAUCCAAAGUGUCUUAGGAGCACCAAGCAGUUUUGACACCAUGCCUAUCCAAAGUGGUCUGCAUUUCUACUGUAAAAUGCAAUUUGAAGAAAAUAAAAAGAAAGAAUAUUAUAAAGGCAACCAGAAGAUUUUAUUUUUCGUAUCAGGUUUUUCUGUCUUAAGCUCAAAAACGUUCAUUAAACAUUUGAUUUAAAAAUGGUGAUGACCUCUAGCUUGCCUUAGUUUCCUAAAUGUGAAGUCUUUGAAUUGGAAGUUUGAGUUUAAUCUUCAUAUCCUAGACUAUUGGUGCCAAAAACAGUAUGUGUAAAGCAAAAGUUAGUGUCUUGGGUGGAAAGAUGAACAUUUCUAAUUUUAUAUUCUUUUUUCCCCUUCAUGUAUAAAAUUGAAUUUUCCCUAAUGCCAAGGCUUUACAUUUAUUGCAUCAUCUUCUUCGCUGAGCACAGUGAGUUCUUUUUAAAUUUAACAGAGAAUGUAGAAAUAUAGUAUAGUAUGUAGAGCUGUUCUAAUGCCUGUGCAUUUGUUGUUUCCUGAUUUAGGUAAAAGUGGCAUUUUCUGUAUUGCAUUUUUCUGUAUUUUACUUAUCCUACCUCUCAUUAUAGUCUCUUUGUAAAGUGGUAACUUCCAUCUGUGGCCUUUCAUUAUCACGUGUGGCAUAGCGGUAUCCGCACUUUUUACUUUUAUAGGUAUUUAUCUAGAUAUAACCAAACUCAUUUAUAAUAUUAUUUUUAAUCCAAAGAAUAUGUAUAGUUUUUAUACCCAAGAAACUAUAUCUUGUACUUAUUGCACUUCCCAGCCAUGGUUUGAAGAGAUUUUUUGCAUGCUUCUUAAUCUUAUCUAAUAUUCUGUCUUAUGAUAUUUCUAAACCCAUUCAUAGAUAUAUAAAAUGUCUUUGCCAAUAUACUUCCAUCGUUGGGUAUUUCUGAUGUUUACUUUUUCCCUAUAUACUGCCAUACAUGCUAUGCACUAUGAAAAUUGAAUGGAAUCAGUGAUAUGUAUAUUCAAAAUAAAGUUUCUAAAAAUUA